AUACACACCAAAUGUAGACUUUGAGCAGAAACAAGACAUGUAAGCGCGUCUUUCGAAAGAACGAGUACCUGGACGAAAUUUGUGUUCAAUUUGACGGUUUUCUCCGUACGACAUAACUACAGACCAUUUGAUUGAUUUGUGAUCGAGGCGACGUGAUACAGAACACUAAUAUUCCAUCAUGGGAGGCUUGAAAAUAACCUACGAUAAUCUCCUGGACCACAAGGGGGACUUUGGUCAGUCCAUCGAGAUCGUCAACCAGCCUAUUGACGACUUCCCCAAGUCUUUCUUCAAUAACUCCAAGGCCAUCGGUCUGACACUGAAUCGAAACAAACUCUCAAAGCUGCCCAGCCAACUUGAAAGAUUCAAAAAGCUAGAGAGGCUUGAUCUGUCCAACAAUGACUUCGAACAGUUUCCAGAGGUUAUUGGAGAGCUUGAUAAUCUUCGGUACCUCAACAUCAGUAAGAACAAGCUUACUUCUCUGCCAAGAGAUAUCAUCUACUUAAGGAAAUUGGAAGAGAUUGUGCUUGAUGAUAACUUGUUGGAGGAAUUCCCAGAAGCUCUGUUUAAUAGUUCGGUUGAGGAUGUAGCCAUGAGGAAGAACAAGCUGAAGAGGUUGCCUCCAGGAAUCAAGGACAUGGCCAACCUUCGGAGCUUGGUGGUGAAUGGAAACCAGCUGACGACGCUUCCUGUAGAGCUUGCAGAAGUGCCACACCUGACAGAGGUGUUUGCAUCAUCUAACAAUAUUAAGGGACUUCCAGAAAACUUCUGCACAAAGGCUAAAUCCCUAAAGAAGCUAGUUCUGCAGCAGAAUCCUUUAGUGUAUCCAUCAGCUAUUUCUGCAGCUAAAGGAAUGGCUGCGAUGAGAGAUUAUGAAAAGAAGCAUCCUAGACCCGAUAUUCCAGAAGAUGUGGAGGAAAAGAAAGAAGAAGAACAGAAUGAGGUGAUUGAAGAGCAACAAAAGGAGGUGCCAGUGGUUAAUGGAGAUGCUGAUGAGACAAGCCAUUCUAAUGGAGUGGCUGAAGAAACGGCAGAGGCCACACCUACGAUGGAUGAAGAUGUUCCUGCAGAACAAUCAGAAAGUAAUGUUGAGGAACAAGUGGUAGAAGAUGACCUCCCAGAAUCAGAUAGGGUGGAGGAAGAGCAAGAAGUGCAGAGUGCCCAAGAAGAUAGUGAUGCUGCUGGUGAUGCUGUUGAAGGACCAUCAGAAGUAGAAGAAGAAGUAGAGGAAGAAGAAAUGCCAGGACAGGCUGUAUCAGAAGAACCUGAGGCUGACACUGCGCAGGAAUCUACAGUAGACACAAGGCAGGAGUCUGACACAGAUGAAUCUCAGGAAGAGGAAGAUGCAACACAGGAUGAUGCCGGAGCAGUGGAAGACCAAGGUAGAGAGGAAGUCCAGGAGAGCAUGGAAGCUGCUGCUGAAGAUCAGGAAAGCACAAAAAGCACAGAAGAGAGUAGUGACCAAGAGGAGCCAUUAGAGGUGUCCGGUGAUGCAGAUGGUACAGUGUCACAAUCUUCAGAGGAACAAGCACCAUCAGAAGACGACAGCCCUGCUGAGAUGACGAACGGUGAGUCCCAACCUCCAGAGGAACAGCCUAUGGCAGAUGACGACAGCCCUCCUAAGUUUAGGGAUGGUGAUACAGGUGAGGUGGCCCCAUGCGGUUCAGAGAAGGUACCUACUGAUGAAACCCCAGCAGCUACAAUAUCACAAGAAGGAGGUGGGGAUGCUGCAGAGAUCAACGAAAGGCUCAUCUGAUAUGGUAACAUGAGUAUCAUAAAUCGUAAAUAACUUUUAAGUUGUGACACUAAUCCUUUGCCAAGAAUCGAUUGCAGAUAAAGCAGAUCUUCUCUUUUUUAUAAGAAGAUCAAACUGGCUUGUCUAGAUGGCUCUUAACGAAGUUGGGCCUGUCCAAACAGUUGUACAGUAUGCACUUAUUUGCAAUUCAGUAACAAUCAUGAUGAUAAUGACAAUCAACUUUCAAACGAGUAUCUGUUUGAAGAAAAAAAUGAAAACGUAAACUUAUGCAUGAUAGAGCACAAUAAAUAACAAAUAACAACUUAUUAAUUUAAAACAGUUGUAUGCACUUGUUUGCAAUUCAAUAACAAAUCAUGAUGAUAAUGACAAUCAACUUUCAAACAUGUAUCUGUUUGAAGAAAACUAAUUAAACAUAAACUUAUGCAUGGUAGAAUACAAAAAACAACAAAGGAAAUGCUGCACAAAAUUAUAACAUGCUUGCAAGAAAACGAAAGUAAUACAUAUACAUGUAUGUUUGUUUCAUUACAUGUACAUAUAUAUAUAUGCAAGGUUUAGUCACAUGUGACUCAAAGUGAAAUGUUUAGUAUUAGGCUGCAACUAGCAAAUGUCAGUUCCUGGAACCUUGUAGUCUGUCAUCUCUAAGAAUGAGUGAUAGAUAUUGAAAAUGUUACCACAGCUCUUAAGCAAUUAUGAAAUUGCUCUAAUGUGGUAAGCCUGGACAAAACUGUUGACCAUCUACCAUACAUGUAGUUAGAUAUCAUGACACUAUCAUACACAAUUUCUUUUUUAAGGUACUUGUAUACCUUGGUUAAAAUAUGCCGUGACGAGAACCAUGCCUAUGUACACGUACUGUAGCUUCUUUAAAAGCAAUGUAAGUAUCUUCAUAGUCAGUAUAAACUAUAGAUUAAUAAAAUAGUGAAUUUUGUGUGUGAUUGUGUGUGAAAAUAAAUUUAAAAAUAUAUAGGUCUACUCUACUAUAUAUUUGAUAUGUUCUGUUGAUUAGUUUGAAAUCUUGAAUGUCACCUUGAAAUUUUAGUGGAGAAUUUAGUGCCUCAGAAGAAAACAAAUUUGGGACCAUUUCCCCAAGAUGUUGUCUCAAGCCUUUAUAGGGUGGAGAAUAAAUGAAUUGAUGGUAUUCACUGCAUACAUUUGUAGGUACACAAAUACGUGAACAUGUAGGAGGACCAAAACCAGAAGAGGUAGUUUUAGGAAUGUACAUACAGGGUGUAUAUAUUUUUCUGUAUGACAAUAAAAAUGUUGCACUACUGCCUACAAAUGUACAUUUCCAACAAAAACAAAAACACUUGUUGCUAAUUUGCACAUGAAAAUUGUGCCUUCAUCAUGUUUUGAAAUUCUGUAUUGUUUUCAAGAUGCAGCAAUAUAAUAAAAACUGUCUGCAAAGUUGCAAACUUAUUGCAUUAUGGUCAAAGUCAAAUCUGUUUGCUUCUAAUGGCAGAGAAAAAUAUGAACACAUUGAGGUACUGGAUAACGUUGCACACUGUAUUUUCAAUGUGCACUAAACUUUGGAAGAUAAAAAAAGAAUGCAUGUAAUUGAUCUCUAGGUGCUGUAUAUAAAGAAAUUCACAAAUUUGGAGAUAUUUUCCUAGCAACAGUCUUGUGCAACAUUUAACAAUGGAGAAAACCUUCACCUUGUGGAAUGGUUGCAUGCAUGAGCAUGCACUCACACAAACAUUUGUGCAAGGUUGCAAGCAGUCCACACACUGUAAAAUGAAUUUAACACGUACAUUGUAUUUAUAGAUUUAAAAAAAUAACAUCUUGCACUGUACACAAUUGUAUGAACAUGCAGAGUGAGCAUGUAUGUGAAUAUUGAUUUCAUAUUCAGCUCACUCUAGAACUCAUAUGAUUUCAACCUUGUCCUUCAAAAGCCUUUAAACACAUACAGUAUGUUCCAUUUGCCACAUGCCUUAUACUGCUGGUGCAGCAGAUAUCUUGACAAAGCGGGUUAGA